GGAGAGAGUGGCAAGAGUACCUUUAUCAAGCAGAUGAGGAUCAUCCAUGGGUCAGGAUACUCGGAUGAAGACAAAAGGGGCUUCACCAAGCUGGUGUAUCAGAACAUCUUCACAGCCAUGCAGGCCAUGAUCAGAGCCAUGGACACCCUGAAGAUCCCGUACAAGUACGAGCACAAUAAGGCUCAUGCACAAUUAGUUCGAGAAGUUGAUGUGGAGAAGGUGUCUGCUUUUGAGAAUCCAUAUGUAGAUGCAAUAAAGAGCUUGUGGAACGAUCCUGGAAUCCAGGAGUGCUACGAUAGACGACGAGAAUAUCAGUUGUCUGACUCUACCAAAUACUAUCUGAAUGACUUGGACCGCGUAGCUGACCCUUCUUACCUGCCUACGCAACAGGAUGUGCUUAGAGUUCGAGUCCCCACCACAGGGAUCAUCGAAUACCCCUUUGACUUACAAAGUGUCAUUUUCAGAAUGGUCGAUGUAGGGGGCCAAAGGUCAGAGAGACGAAAAUGGAUACACUGCUUUGAAAAUGUCACCUCUAUCAUGUUUCUAGUAGCGCUUAGCGAGUAUGAUCAAGUCCUUGUGGAAUCAGACAAUGAGAAUCGAAUGGAGGAAAGCAAAGCACUCUUUAGAACAAUUAUCACAUAUCCCUGGUUCCAGAACUCCUCGGUUAUUCUGUUCUUAAACAAGAAAGAUCUUCUAGAGGAGAAAAUUAUGUAUUCCCACCUAGUUGACUACUUCCCAGAAUAUGAUGGACCCCAGAGAGAUGCCCAGGCAGCUCGAGAAUUCAUCCUGAAGAUGUUCGUGGACCUGAACCCAGACAGUGACAAAAUUAUCUACUCUCACUUCACGUGCGCCACAGACACCGAGAACAUCCGCUUUGUCUUUGCUGCCGUCAAAGACACCAUCCUCCAGUUGAACCUGAAGGAGUACAAUCUGGUCUGAUGGGGCCGCCCAGAAACCUGCCUCCCCUUCCCUGGUGGGCUGCUGAAGAUACACAAGAGGGACUGGAUUUCUGUGGAAAACAAUUUGCAUAAUACUAAUUUAUUGCCGUCCUGGACUCUGUGAGUGAGUCCACAGAGUUUGUAGUAAAUAUUAUGAUUUUAUUUAAACUAUUCAGAGGAAAAAACAGAGGAUGCUGAAGUACGGUCCCAGCACAUUCCUCUCUUUUUUUAGGCAAAACCUUGUGACUCAAUGUACUUUAAAUUCUCAGUCCUGUACUCCACGAAGAUAAGCGUUCUUUCUCUUUCUCUCUGUAUCUUUCUUUUCUAUUGAGCAAAACAAAGCUGAUUUCCCUUUUUCCUCAGCCAUACCUCCCUACUGAUUCCUCCCCGCCCUCCCUCCCAUUACACAUUAGCAGCCUUGAUUCCUAGUUCCUCUCUUGGUCAAGUUUUUUUCUUGAAUGAUACAGUCAGGACAACAUCAUUCAAUUCAAGCCAUCUUAUAUCAGCUUGAUUUAACAGUUUUUGCUGAAGGAUUAUAUGUAUUCCUUCUAUGGUUUUAAAUGUAUUGCUCUGGAUACGUAUCUAGUAUUUCUUUUUAAAUAUGCAUUUUAUCUUGUUGCCCUUGGACUGGGGGUUUUGUAUUUCAGCCAUAGUUUGAUGGCUCAGAGAAACUCGGUGAAGUCAGAGGGCCUGAGCAAAGACACACACACAGUCUUUUCUUUUGAAGUUCAUGUGCCAUGUUCUUCCUCCUUUUUCGCUUUUUUCCUCUUUAUCCUCUCUAAAAUCACAAUACCAAAUAAUAUGCCAACAGACACUACAUUCCCCCAGUGGCUGCUACCUUUUCAUAGGUUCUUCUCCUGUUUUUAUUUUUUUCCAACUUUUCCUUCCCUCUUUUUUCUCCUUUGUGUUUAGGACACAAUUUGAAAAUGAUUUUUUAUUUUGAAUAUGUGUUGCCAAAGCUGGCUUUUUAUAAAAAUAGAAUGCAUUAAGAAGAGCUUAACAAUGAAAGCCAGUGUCUUAAAAUAUAAGAGGAGGACUGUGAAGCCGGCAGUGACUGGCUGAAAAUGAACCUGGAAUACCAGUUGCCAAGCAAUUGGGAACUCACUGUAAAUUUGACUCUCAUGGUCCAUUCUUUUAUUUGCCCUUGAGGUCACAUUGUACAGUGUCCACAUCCCAUGUUGAGUGUCCAAAUCAGCAGUGUAGAAAAAAUACCCGUGAUUCAUCAUCAAAUCUGGGUUGGGUUUUUUUUUUUUUUUUUGGUCUCUUUCUUGAAGCAAGUUUUACUUACUCUUUAUGUUCUUUAAGUUGAAGUAAGUCUGCCAGAACUAUUGAUUGAUAGUAUUAUCCUGACAGUUUUAACUUGCAAAAAUAAAAAGUCACUGCUAGUUUUGACCGUCAAGAUUUUCUUGAACUAGUGACUGGUUAAGUUGAACUUAAGGAAGAUUUAUGGACCUAACUCAAAAGUAACCUUUCAGUGUUUCAUCAAAUAUAUAUUUAUGUAACUGAACUAGAAUUCUACAUGUGCAACUUUUCAACAAAUGCAAAAAAUACAACUUGUAUGGAAAAGCUUCUGUCAAGCAGCUGAAGUUGAAAUGUGACUUAAGAAAGUAAUCAUGGUUUUAAAGCUGCCAAGGAGUUAAAAUUAGGCCAGAGUACUGGUCUCAAUAUCAUUUGGCACUAAUCUAAACUUCCACCAAAAACACUUUGGCAGAAUAACCCAGGGGAGGGAAAGAAUUACAGCUCAUCAGACAGUUCCUGACCAGUAAGAAAGAGCUCUCACUCUUCUCUCCCAGGUUACUUUUGUUUUCCGUGCUCAGAAAACAUCUGUAAUUUAAUGAACAGACUGUAGGUAUAGUGCAAUUCUGAAUGCUCUAAUCAUUGUACAUACAUCUCUCUUGAUACUGCAGCAUCCAUACUGGCUUUGUAAUCAUUAAUUUUUGGCAGAUUGAAUGUGCUGUAUUGAUAUGUAUCUAUGUAAUUGUAUUGUAUGUCUUAUAGCUAAUUCACAUUUUGAAUAAUGUUAUUUUAUUUACUUUUUUAAGAGAGGAGAAUGUAAAUUUGUCAGUUUAUUUCUGACUAGGGAUUUUUUUUUCCAUUUAGAAAAGGAGAAGAAAAAAAACUUACUAUCAUACAGAGCGGUACUAGCAUCGUGCUGUAUAAAAUCAUUUGCACAUUCCUGAGUAGAGGUAUACUGGUUACAUGACCCAAAGGUAAUUUCAUAGCAAAACACAUAAAAAUCAGUCAGAGCUUUUAUACAAACAUGGAAACCAACUUUGUAGAACUUUUGCCAUUUGAUCUAGGAUUGGAAUAUGAGCUUUUAUACAAUUCAUAUUCUUAUUUGGCAAAUGCACAGUUUAGUAUUACCUCUCUGACGGCCUUUAUUAGAAAGGCAGUUUUAGAAGCUAUUGUGAUCCACUAAGGAAAUGUUUUAACAGCUAGAGACCACUGCUUGCCUGAAAGGGCGAUCUGAAAUUUGGUGCAGCAAAACAAAACAAAAUUUUAAACAAAUAAAAAGAAAGAAAACAAAAGUAAGCAACGACAUUGAUGGCCUACCGUGUGUAUAAAGAAAACCUCAUCACAAGAUCAUAGUGUUACAGUUCUAGGGGGAUGAAGAUAUUCUGUUUAAUAGAGCUAUAGUAGAUGUAGUCGAUUAAACCUGAUCUCAAAGCUCGAAGAAUCUGAGCAAAACAAGGAAGGAUUGUUAUAGUUGUCUUUAUGAAAUUAGGAUGGAAUUUGCUAUGCAGAGUUGAGGUUUGUGGCUUCACUGCUCAUCCUGGGGUGCAUGACAGGCUCCCUUCUUUUGAGAAAGGAAAAAAUUGAUCACCCUAGCUGCAGUGAUAAGUAGAAACCUAAUUGUAUUCACACCAGUCCGCUGGACUAAAAGGGUUUUUGUUGUUGUUGUUUGUUUGGUGUUUGGUUGCAGGGGCCGGGUGGGAAGGGAUCCUCCUGCUUUCUGUUCUUGGGGACUGCAGCUUCCUGUGCGUGGGCACUGGGCUCUGUUGUUGAUGCUCUAGGUGAUGGGGACUUGUGGUUGUUUUCUGGUGACUUGGGCAUGUCUUCUUCAAAACACAGAAUACCAAACACAGAAACCUUUUCAGCUUACCAAGGCCAGCAGCCAUUUCAUGACUCACCUAACACACCGCAGUCUACCAGUUUACAGAUGAUUUCCCCCCCAUUUUUUGGUGUGACUUGGCAGUUCGGACACACAGAGAAUUCCUUAUUUGUAAUUGGAGGUUUGUACUAUGCCUUACAGAGCUUAAAUUCAGAAGUCUGUGCCUCAUCUCUGAAACAAAGGGAAAUAGCACAUCCAUUAAAAGUCAGUGAAUCCCCUUAGAAGUCAUUGGCGUUUUUUUUUUCUUUUUUUUUUAACAUUUCCA